AGGAUUUCUCGUUUGGCCACUGUAAAUGCAUGUGAGUGUGAGACUGAGACCUAUCUCUGGUAUAAAAACGACAAGGACCCUCAUGUUUCUCCUCUCUGUGGCUCUCUCUGUCUUUAAAGUAACGUAUAUUCUCUCAUAACUCUGGUUUUCUUAGCUCAGAGAUAAAGCUUGAGCCUUUGAGCGUCUUUGUAUUCUUCUCUUGGUUCUGCUCUAUACUUGUAUCAUCCGCCGCGGCCUAUGGCACAAAGAAGAUUGCUGUUCCAUUUGCUCACUGGUCUUUCUCUCGCUAUUGCCUUUGAAAUCGUCUUCGCCGACCCACAUGUUAAAACCCAAUCAAACUCCACUGUUCUCGGUUUGUCGUUGACGUCCAACACAGACAGAGUUUGGCCGAAAUUGGAGUUUAGUUGGAGACUAGUGUUGGCUACUGUGAUUGGAUUUCUUGGAUCUGCAUGUGGAACUGUGGGUGGUGUUGGUGGUGGUGGCAUUUUUGUUCCUAUGCUUACUUUGAUUGUUGGAUUUGAUACAAAGUCUGCUGCUGCUAUUUCCAAAUGUAUGAUAAUGGGGGCAUCAGCAUCAUCAGUUUGGUAUAAUUUAAGAGUGCCUCAUCCAACAAAGGAAGUGCCCAUUAUAGAUUAUGAUUUGGCUCUUCUCUUUCAGCCUAUGCUUAUGCUUGGCAUCACCAUUGGUGUUUCUUUGAGUGUCGUCUUCCCUUACUGGCUAAUAACUGUCCUUAUUAUCAUCCUCUUUUUAGGUACCUCUUCCAGGUCUUUCUUUAAAGGCAUUGAAAUGUGGAAGGAAGAGACAAUCUUAAAGAAAGAAAUGGCCAAGCAACAAGAAACUAUUGUUAACUCUCGUGGGGAACUUCUGAUUGAUACAGAAUAUGAGCCAUUGGUUCCUAAAGAAGAAAGAACAGAAUAUCAAACAGUUUGUUUCAAUCUUGAUUGGAAUAGGCUUUUGGUGCUAGUAAUUGUUUGGGUUUGUUUCCUCUUCCUUCAGAUUACCAAGAAUGAUGUGGCAGUUUGCGGUACAUGGUACUGGUUGAUCUUUUCUUUGCAGUUCCCUAUAGCAUUGGUAGUGUUUGGAUUUGAAUCAGUCAAAUUAUGCAAAGAACACAAGAAGAGAAUUAGCACAGGCAACACAGAAACAAUUUGUGAGGCUUCUAUUGAAUGGACUCCAAUGCAUAUUGCCUUUUGUGCACUCUGUGGAAUAUUAGGAGGCACUGUUGGUGGCCUUCUCGGAUCUGGUGGUGGGUUCAUUCUGGGUCCAUUGCUCUUAGAGAUUGGAGUCAUACCACAGGUUGCAAGUGCGACAGCAACAUUUGUGAUGCUGUUCUCAUCAUCCUUAUCUGUGGUGGAAUUCUAUUUGCUCAAGAGAUUCCCAAUACCUUAUGCUUUGUACCUCAUGACGGUGUCCAUUCUUGCUGGCUUCUGGGGACAGUUUUUUGUAAGGAAGCUCAUUACAUUACUAAGAAGAGCUUCCCUUAUUGUUUUCAUCCUCUCUGCUGUCAUCUUUGCUAGUGCUCUCACAAUGGGAGUUAUUGGAAUCGAGAACAGUAUAGAAAUGAUAAGUAAUCAUGAAUUUAUGGGAUUCUUAGGGUUCUGCAGCAGUCAAUGAUCGUUGGCAAUCCUCUGCACUUUCAAGUAGGAAACUUGUGAAGCUUAAAAUGAAGAUUUAGUGUAUGGUAAAAUGGCUAGGAAAGGUUUUUAGCGCAAAAAGUGAAAAGAUAAGGGACAAAUUGUGAUAUGUUGGCCAACACCUAGUUGACCAAGUCAAACAAAAUUUGUCUUGAAACAGUAAUAAAGGGUUUUGUCUUUUCAAUGUUAAUUUGUAUUUUAUUUGGGUGUUAGUUACCGGUUGACACCAACCAAUUUCAGAGUGCCUUGUUUUGCUUUUUGCUAUAUUUUUGUUACUUUGUGGCCAUAUGUUUUGAGUGUUAGCUACUGGCUAACACCUCCAGUGCUUAAUAAAGUUACUCUUGUUAUGCAUUUCUACA